AUGGCGCCCCAUAACGACGUCGAUGCUUUUCAGCGUGUGCUUCAAUCUAGCCGACGCAUCUUGAUACUCUGCGGAGCCGGCCUAUCAGUCGCAUCUGGCUUGCCAACCUUUCGCGGCGCCGACGGCUACUGGCGCCAUCACGAUGCGACUCGGCUAGCGACGAUGCAGGCUUUCAAGACUGACCCCGGUCUGGUUUGGCUGUUUUACGGUUAUCGUCGACACAUGUCUCUCAAGGCCCAGCCAAACGCCGGGCAUCGGGCCCUGGCCGCCCUGGCCAAGACAAACCCCAAUGUCCUAUGUCUAAGUCAGAAUGUUGACAAUCUGUCGCAGCGCGCCGGCUACCCGCUCCAGCAACUGCACACCCUGCAUGGAUCCCUCUUCAACAUUAAAUGCAGCAACGAAACGUGCCACUGGACGCAAUUCGGCAACUACGAUGACCCGUUCUGCGAAUCGUUAAUUGAGGCUUCCAGGGAUGCACCACCAGGAGGUAAGCUCCCUCUUUUGGACCCGUAUCAUCGAAUCAGACACGUUCCAGAGGAAGAGCUUCCCAAGUGCCCCCAAUGCAAUGUUGGGCUACAACGCCCUGCUGUGGUUUGGUUCGGCGAGCAACUUGAUCCGACGAUGCUGUGGACUAUCAGUAACUGGCUAAAGGAGGACAAAGUGGAUCUCAUGCUUGUUAUCGGCACAUCCGCUCAAGUUUACCCCGCAGCAAAUUACAUCGAAGAUGCACGCCAAUGUGGCGCUGUCAUCGCAGUCGUCAAUCCCGAGGCCGAAAACGAAGAGGAAUUACAGAAGCUAAAGCCACGAGAUUUUGCCUUCGGUCAGGACGCUGCGACAUGCCUGCCGCUGCUCCUUGCACCGAUAAUCGGCGAAGCACAAGCUGAUGGCGAGUUUUCUCAAUGA